AUGAAUAUUGCACAACCGGUCUCCUCAGAGAUUAAAAGUGUAAAGUUUGGGAUUUUCGAUGUGGAAGACAUCGAAAAGAUCUCUGUAAAGCAGAUCGUUAACCCAGUCCUUUUGGACAACCUGAACCACCCCACCAGCGGUGGUCUGUACGAUCUUGCUUUGGGUCCGUAUUUGAAGAACACCGUGUGUGCAACAUGUCACAUGGACGAACGGUAUUGUCCGGGACAUUUUGGACACAUCACUCUUCCCGUUCCGGCGUACCAUCCUCUGUUCUUUCCUCAAAUGUACAGCUUGCUGAGAGCAACAUGUCUGUACUGUCAUCACUUCAAGUUGUCUAAGGUCACCGUUCAUCUGUUUGCUUGCCGGUUCAAGCUCCUGGAUCACGGUCUGUUGAUUGAAUCCCAGCGUGUAGAGUCUAUUACAUUGGGCAACAGCGUCAGUUCCAAGUCUUCCGGUGGAAAGGACGGCGAGGGAAGCGAAAGCGAAGACAGCGGUAUUGGAAACGACGACAUGGCGAAGGACGCCGCAGCCUUGAUGCGUUUGCGUGAUGAGUUUGUCGACAAAUGCAUCGCUGACGCCAAAAAAAUCAAACUUGUCCGUGCCUUUUUCCAUGCUAUCAACUCUCGCAAGCAGUGUGACAACUGCCAGUCUUUCUCUCCUACUUUCCGUAAGGAGGGUUUUGCCAAGAUUUUUGAGGUCCCCUUGACCGGAAAAAACUUGCAGUACAUGGAGCAGACUGGCCGCAUUCGCUCCAACGUGCUUCGUGACUCUGCCAAGUCUUCCAAGGAUGAUGAGGGUUUCAGCGAGGAUUCCAACAGCGAGGGUGAAGGCGACGAUAUAGACCUUAUGGAGGAGGAUCCCAACCCUUUCGACAAAAAACUGAAGAAGCGGUCGACUGAGGCCAAGUACAUGACCUCAACCGAGGUUCGUAAUCACCUUCGUCGUCUUUUCACCAAAGAGGGACGAGUGAUGUCGCUUCUUUUCGCUCACAAGAAGGGCAAGCCCGCUUCUGCUGAUAUGUUCUUCUUGCACAACAUUGCCGUGCCCCCUACUCGUUUCCGUCCUGCCUCGAAAAUGGGCGAUGAGGUGCACGAGAACAUUCAAAACGAGCUUCUCACAAAAAUUCUCCAAUCGUCUAUUCGUAUUGCCGAUUUGAGUGCUGCCACACACGCUACCGGUGACAAGGAGGCUAUGGAGCGCGGCUCUCGGGCUUUCGAGCAGCUCGUUGCUGCUUUCGUCCAGCUGCAACACGAUGUGAACAGUUUGAUCGACAGUGGUCGCAAUCCUACUGUUAUGGCACAAGGUCGUGUGCCUCCUCCUGGUAUCAAGCAGAUUUUGGAAAAGAAGGAGGGUCUUUUCCGUAAGCAUAUGAUGGGUAAGCGUGUUAACUAUGCCGCACGUUCUGUCAUUUCGCCUGAUCCUAAUAUUGAGACUAACGAAAUUGGUGUUCCUCCCGUGUUUGCUGUCAAGCUGACGUUCCCCGAACCCGUUACCCCCUACAAUUACAACGAGCUUCGCAAGGCCGUCAUUAACGGCCCUAGCAAGUGGCCUGGUGCUACACAUAUUCAGAACGAGGAUGGCACGCUUGUUUCGCUGAUGCCUCUUACUGUUGAGCAACGUACGGCUCUGGCAAACCAAUUGAUGACUCCUCAAUCCAAUAUCAUCUCUUCGCCGUACUCGUACUCUCGCAUCGUUAAUACGAACAAGAAGGUGUUCCGUCAUGUGCGCAACGGUGAUAUGCUUAUUCUCAAUCGUCAACCCACUCUUCACAAGCCUUCUAUGAUGUGUCACAAGGCUCGCAUCUUGCCAGGUGAAAAGACUAUUCGCAUGCAUUACGCCAACUGUAACUCUUACAAUGCUGAUUUCGAUGGUGAUGAAAUGAACAUGCAUUUCCCUCAAAGCAUGAACGCUCGUGCGGAGGCUCAAUUCAUCGCUAAUACCGAUUCUCAGUACCUUGUGCCCACUUCUGGUGACCCUAUUCGUGGUCUUAUUCAAGAUCAUGUGGUCAUGGGUGUUUGGCUUACGAACAAGGAUUCCUUUUUCACCCGCGACGAGUAUCAGCAACUCCUUUUCCAGGCUUUGAAGCCUGAUGAAAGUGGCAUGUAUGGUCGCAUAAAGACUGUCCCCCCCGCUCUCAUUCGCCCUAAGCCAAUGUAUACUGGUAAGCAGAUUAUCACCACUAUUUUGCUUAACUUGAAGCCAGCCGAUCGCCCCGGAUUGAACUUGAAGAGCAAGGCUAAGGUUGCUUCGAAAUACUGGUCUCCUACUUCCGAGGAAGGUGCUGUCUUAUUUGAUGAUGGUGUUCUUAUUCAUGGUAUUUUGGAUAAGUCUUCGUUUGGUGCAUCCACUUUCGGUAUGGUUCACUCUAUCCAUGAGCUUUAUGGCGCCGAUAUUGCUGGUCGUUUGUUGUCAGUUUUGAGUCGUCUCUUUACUGCAUUUGCUCAAAUGCGUGGUUUUACUUGCCGUAUGGACGAUUUGCGCUUAGACGAACGUGGUGAUGCUUGGAGACGUGAGCUUUUGGAAAACGGUAAAGACUUCGGUCUUCUUGCUCACUGCGAUUACGUUCAGCUUCCCAUUGACACUUCUCGUGAUUUGUUGAACGCCAACUUAGAGGAGGUCAUUCGUGACGACGAAAAGUUGCAAGGUUUGGAUGCUGCUAUGAAGGGUAAAAUGAAUGGUCUUACUUCUUCUAUCAUCAAUAAAUGUAUUCCUGAGGGUUUGUUGACUAAAUUCCCCAAGAAUCAUAUGCAAGCCAUGACGGUUUCUGGUGCUAAGGGUAGCAACGUUAACGUGUCACAAAUCUCUUGUCUUUUGGGUCAACAAGAGUUGGAGGGUCGUCGUGUGCCUUUGAUGGUCAGCGGAAAGUCUCUUCCUUCUUUCCUCCCCUUUGAUACUUCUGCCAAGGCUGGUGGUUUCAUUGCAAGUCGUUUCUUGACUGGCAUGUGUCCACAAGAAUAUUACUUCCAUUGUAUGGCCGGUCGUGAAGGUCUUAUUGAUACUGCAGUUAAGACUAGUCGUUCCGGUUAUCUGCAACGUUGUUUGAUGAAGCACUUGGAGGGAUUGUCUGUUCAGUACGAUCACACCGUCCGUGAUGCUGAUGGUUCUGUUGUUCAAUUCCGUUAUGGUGAAGAUGCACUUGAUGUCACAAAGCAGAAGCAUUUGUACCAAUUCGAGUUUUCUGCCAGAAACUACAAGUCCUUGAUCCAGAAAUACAAGGUCAAGUCCGUGCUUUCCGCUGUUGAUUCAGACACAGCUUCUUCUUAUGCGAAGAAGGCCUUGAAGAAACCUCACAAGUACGAUCCUGUUCUUGAUAAGUAUCCUCCCAGUCGCUACCUCGGUAGUGUUUCCGAAAAAUUCCAAAAGGCUGUGGAUGAGUAUACCAAAAAGAACCCCGAUAAUCUGAUUGCUAGUAAGAAGGAGAGCAAGCAAGAUGGCACUCUUUUGAAUGAGUCCAAAUUCAAGGCCCUCAUGCAACUCCGUUAUCAACAAUCUCUCGUCGAGCCUGGCGAGGGUGUUGGUGUUAUGGCUAGUCAAUCUGUUGGUGAGCCUUCUACUCAAAUGACAUUGAAUACUUUCCACUUUGCCGGUUUCGGUGCUAAGAAUGUCACCUUGGGUAUUCCUCGUCUUCGUGAAAUUAUCAUGACUGCUAGUGCUAGUAUCAAAACACCUACAAUGACUCUUCGUUUGAACGAGGGUGUUUCUGAGGAACGUUCCAAGCAAUUCUGUAAGGAGGUUAGCAAGCUUGUUCUUGCUGAAGUCGUCAAGCAGGUCGUUGUUACUGAGCGUAUUUCCGGUCAAGGUUCGGAUACCCAAUCCAAGUCUUAUUCCAUCAAGCUUGAGCUCUACCCCAAGUCUGAGUAUGAGGAAGAGUAUGGAGUUACUCAAGAGGAAAUUGAGGCUUCCUUUACCACAUCCUUCCUUAAGGUUUUGGGUCGUAUUAUCAAGGCGGACAUUGCCAAGACUAAGCAACGCAAAUCGAACGAUAGCGUUCCUAAAAUUGGAGAGGCCCUUGCUCCUCUCGAGUCCUUUGGAGAGGCUAAUGCCGAUGCUGCUGAACAAGAGGCCAUGGAGGAUGAUGACAACGACGCUACCAAUGCUCGUAUGACCACGCGCUCUAAGCAACAUGCUUCUUAUGACGGUCCAGACGAUGACGACCGUCUUGCCAUGCAAGCCGAGCGUGCUGCCGCAAAGGAUGGUGAUGAUAUGGAAGAGGAUGAUGGCUACAACUCUGAUGAAAGCGUUUCUGAGUACAUGGCCCGCAAGAAGGGCAAAAACUCCGUUUCUUUGAAGGAAAAGAAGAAGUUGCGUCUUACUAACGCUCGUGAGAUUCUCAACAACUGUCGUCGCAUUGAUUUCGACGACAAGUCGGGUGAGUGGGCCCUUGUUGAACUCGAAUUCCCUAUUACUACUGAAAAGCUUCUUAUGGUGUCGCUAGUUGAACAGGCUUGCCAUAAGAGUGUUGUCCAUGAGAUUCCCGGCAUUUCACGCUGCUACCCCAAGCCUCCAGACUCCGCUAUGGACAAAAUUCCCAUGGUGAUCACUGAGGGUGUGAACCUGAGAGCUGUUUGGGAGUUCUACGAGGAAAUUCAUAUGAAUGACCUUUACACUAAUGACAUCGCUGCUGUUCUUCGCAUCUAUGGUGUUGAAGCUGCUCGCAAUGCCAUUGUUCGGGAAAUUUCCUCCGUGUUCGGCGUUUACGGUAUCGAUGUCGACCAUCGUCAUUUGUCGUUAAUUGCCGACUACAUGACCUUCGAGGGUGGAUACAAGGCCUUUAACCGUAUGGGCAUUGAGUACAGCACAUCUCCCUUUGCGAAGAUGUCGUUUGAAACUACCUGUCAUUUCCUUACGGAUGCCGCUUUGUCUGGCUCGAAGGAUGAGGUUAUGAACCCCUCGGCUCGUCUCGUCGUUGGACGUGUCGGCAACUUCGGUACUGGCAGUUUCGAUUUGCUGACGCCAGUCGUUGCAGAAAACUGA